CAGCUUUCUGAAUAAGCUAAAUACUAAAUCAGGUUUAAAAAAAAAUCAACCAUAGUGUUAUCUGUAGCACUAACUUAUUGAUUGCAUUUCCUUUCAUAAAGACAUUAAAGUGCAUACAAUUAGUGUCCUUGGAUGAUUGAUUACUUUAACAAUUUGGUGAAGUUGACUGCUGCUUCAAAAUGUUUCAUGGAAUAAAGGCGUUUGAAGAAGUUUUGGAAGAAGAUGUGGUUGACAUUGAGAAGUUGAGAAAAUUAGCGUUUAAUGGUAUUCCUGACGAAAAAGGCCUAAGAUCCUUGGUAUGGAAAAUAUUGCUGCUCUACCUGCCCCACCAAAAAAGUACUUGGAAAACGACUCUUAAUGAGAAAAGACAAAAUUACAAACAUUAUAUCGAUGAAAUAAUAGUGUCCCCGGGAGGCCCCACUGACCACCCUCUAAACAUUAGCCCAGAUAGCUCCUGGAGCACUUACUUCAAGGACAAUGAAGUUCUGCUACAAAUUGACAAAGAUGUCCGUCGGCUAUGCCCUGAUAUAUCUUUUUUUCAAUCUGCCACAGAAUUUCCAUGUGAGGAAAUAGUAAACAGCAAUGGUGUAAAGAGAUUGCAUAAAAGAGUGGAGCAGUCGGUCUUGAAAUUUUCAACUUUAGAAAGACGAGGGCUUGGAGUGGCUAAGUUGAGCAAUGAAAUCCGGCGCUCAGACAGCGCCCACAGCGGAGACUACGCACCGCUGAACGAGGGCUGUGAGGCGCACUGGGAGGUAGUGGAACGAAUGCUGUUCCUGUAUGCCAAGCUGAAUCCCGGCCAGGGCUACGUGCAAGGAAUGAACGAAAUUAUCGGCCCCAUUUACCAUACAUUUGCUAUUGACCCCGACAAAGAAUUUAGAAAACAUGCUGAGGCUGAUUGCUUCUUUUGCUUCACCAAUUUGAUGGCGGAGAUACGUGACUUCUUCAUACGUACCCUGGACGAGUCUGCCAGCGGCAUCAACUAUGUAAUGGGCAGGCUUAGUGACUGCUUAAAGAAGACUGAUCCUGCUGUUUGGAACUUGUUGGAGAUACAAGAACUGAGACCCCAAUAUUAUAGUUUUAGGUGGUUGACACUAUUGCUCUCUCAAGAAUUCUCACUACCAGAUGUUGAACGGAUUUGGGACUCCAUGUUUGCUGAUGGGAAGAGAUUUGACUUCCUAAUUCAUAUCUGCUGUGCCAUGAUUUUGUUGGUUAGAAACGACUUGCUCAGCGGAGAUUUUGCGUCCAAUGUGAAAUUACUUCAAAACUUCCCUCCGAUGGAUGUAUCUCUGAUCUUAAACAAAGCUGUAGAAAUAUCAAACAUGCGAUAAAUUACAUUCUCUUAGUUAUUUCCUAUUAACUUUUGAUAUCUCAACAUUUUUAAUCUAGAAUAUACAUAUUAUGCAUUUACAUCUUUGGCGUUCUUAUUGUUAAAAAGACAUUUGGAUGUACCUUUUGGAUCUAUCGAAUAUUUUUUUAUUUAUUGUGUAUAAUGUUUAUAAUAAGGCCUACUGUUCGUUGUAAACCAAUUUACUCCCGAAUUACUAUCAAUCAAUUACUAGAAUAAGUACAAUAUUAUUUAUGUAGUUUUAAUUAUAUACUAUGCUUUGCAAUGAGAUAUAAACAGUUAUAAAUCUUAGUAUUGGGCGUCAGAAUAGUUGGACGAGAGGUGGAGAUGGGUGAUACUGACAUUUUAUUGGUCUCGAAAAUGCAUUUACGUACAGAUUUUUAAUCUCAUUGCAAAACUUAUUUCAAUAGUUUUUUAAAUUGUUUGCCAUAAUUGUAGUUACCCCAUAUACGUGCAGUUUUACUGUAUAUUAUAUAAUUGUACGUCAAUUCCGUAUUUCUGAUGUAUCUUUUCAGUAGAUAUGUAAACAUGUUUGUCCUGGUUUUUCUAGUUGCCUAAAUGUGGUGAUCAUCAAACUGUUUGAAAAUUAAAAACAAACCCAAUGUAGGGUGUAACAUUAAUGUAGUCUAAGACAAUACGCGACAGGACAUUAUAACGUAUGCCUGUAUACUAUGCGAGAGCUCAUGAUGGAAGUCCAAUGUAGCGCACGUAUUUUAUUCUGAUUCUCUGAUCCUAUACGUUCACAAUUAACCUAUUGCUGAUGUGACAAACAAGGGACAAUCAGACUCAGAAUAUCUUUUAUCGUGUAAUAUUUAUAAAACCUUGUCUAACUCUUAAAUAUACUCAACAAUAUUAUGUCAGUUUAAUCAAUCAAUUUUUAUCUAAUAGAUACUACAUAAUGUUAUAGAAGUAAUCCUAAUAAAUGUAGUAAAUUAUUAAAUUAUGGAAACUUACAAUAACUUCCAGCGAGCUCUUCAUGUUACGUAUACGUACUUUUAUGUGCAUAUUGUCGUAAUAAUAAGGUUGAUAAUUCAGACUCCUCAAUUAAAAUUGCAACUUCAAUAUUACUUAUGUACUGAUAAUGACUUAUAGGUGUAAUGCAAUAUGGAGUCUGUUUCAUGUUAUCGUAUAUUAAUGGUCGUAGUUAAGUAUUUUUAUGUAUGUAGGAAUAGAUUUUAGAGACGUAGAUAUAACAUAACCAUUCUGAUAAUAAAAUAUAUACGAAUAAUCAUGUAUAUUUAAGUAAAUAUUCGUAGGUACUGUUUUAAUACCAUUACCUGAUGUUACUGUGCAGUCGUUUUGUGGUAUUUUCGGUCAUGUUUUCUUACGUUUUAAUACGUUCUCCAAAUUGCUAAUAUUAGAGUGAUUAAAAUAUUAAAUUCAAUGUUCACUAGAUUUCUCACUACUCAUACUCUUCUUGGACAAUUCCAAGAAGAGUAUGAGUAGUGAGAAAUCUGAACAUGGCCUGCGGCCCUCUCUGAUAGAUAAACCGUGAAAAUAAUGGAUGUUGAAUUUCACAACGAACUUUCUCAUUGUAACUGAGUAAACCCAGUGUCGAUAGGCAAAGAGUAGGUAUCUAAUACAUAUCUAAAUAAAUAAAUUUUGUACCCGUAUCCACAAAUAUUUAGCAUUUAUAGCGUAUUGUACCGUGAAAGGAUUACAUUUUUAUGAUCCGGUUAUAUUGUAGCAGUAUGUGUAUUAUGUACUUCUUAAAUUGCAUUUAAUCAUAGUGAGGGAGGCCAGGAUACUAUAGAAGGGAACUAGGUACGUUACUUGAUAUUAAAUAUUUGGUGUGUAACGUUUCCAACAGCAAAUGAAAUAAGGAAACCCUUUCAAAAUUGUUCAACGUAUUUUUUCUAAAUUCGAGCGUGAUAGAUUUGCUUACUAUACUCGCAUGUGUCUGACAACGAAAGUAAUUUAAAGGCGUGGAAGGGUAAGAUGAUAAGGCUUCAAUACCUUCCUACUCUUAUAAAUAUGUUCAAGUCGGGAGACCAUUUAAAUGCGCUUGCUUUAGCAUGUACCAUAAUCAUGCAAUCUCUGCCUCUAUUAUGGCGACACAGUUUAUUUUGAUCAGUUUUUUUUUUUGAUGGUUUAAAUCAUCCAAAAAGUUCUCCCACCUUGGAUUAGGCGAAAGAGUGUCACACUGUUACUGACUAAAAACUACCCUGUUCCUACUUUGGCUCUUCGAGCCGGAGCCCGGGUAACCCGUUGGCCUUCCGCGGCUCCAUAUCAGGCAUCAACCCUACUGGGCCCUGAUCUCUUGAUUGAUUGCCUUUAUAAACCAUAUAAGUGGGUAUAUAACCAUAUAAGUGGGUAUAUAACCAUAUAAGUGGGUAUAUAACCAUAUAGUGGGUACAAGCAACUAGAUGUUCCCCAUUAUCUGACGCGUUCGAGUAUGUAACUAUCUGAAUAUCUGGGGCCUCCCCCUCAUUACUACAUUUUUCAUGUUAUUGAGUACCAAAACCUAUACGUACCUAAAGUAAACAAUUAUCUUCAUAUUGUAAGCAGAAAGGUAAAUGUUAGUAAAUAAUUUACCCCAAUCGCGCAAAUAUAAUGCUGCGACGUACAUUUCGACUUAUGGACUGCGAUUCCACAUAAUAAAAAUUAUAUUGUAUUUUAUCCUCUUAGAUCGAUGUUUUAACAUCAAAACUGAAGUUACCGUUACAAUGCAUCGUGAUAACGUGCAACUACAACCAUAACACCCAUCUCUGUGGUGGAGCCGUAAUUGUACUUCUGAUGUUAAUGUGUUAUAUCAAUUUUGACAAUUAAAUGGGCAAAGUAUAUAAAAAUA